CUAUGAAGUAAAUUAAGACUGCACUAUAUGCACUCGUAUAUUUCAGCUAAGUAGGAAAUUUUUGGUUUAAGAUCCUCUACAAUAUAUUUUACAUUUCAAAGUAUUAUAUACCCUAGGUAUGAUUCUAUUCAAUACAACUUGUUACCUGUAUGCCUACAAGAUAUUAUACAUUUUGAAAGCAAAGGUCACUGAUCAUAUUCAUCAUAACUUAAGGCAUAACUCCAGGAGUUUGAAUACGCAACAUUAAAUGUCUACGAGGACAAGCUUUUGACUUUUGAACUCACAUAUAUAUAGUUGAAAGUUGAAACUGUGAUGAAUAGAGAGCCUUGCGUACAUGCAAAGUUGUCACAAAACCAUAUAAGAAGACAUCCUUAGCAACUUAGUAUACUAUUUGUUUCCAAGUCUAAACCAAGCCACAAGAUGCAGAGGUUACAAAUUAGUUCUCGGCCAUCCGAAGAGUUUCUGAUCAACAUCUCCCCGGAUUCUUCAAGCCCCGAUGAUCUCGUGGUCUAUGAUGUCGCCAAGAAGGAUAUGAUGCUUCACAAUAAUAGUUACAAGUCUGUUAAUGGAGAGAGAGCUAUUCACCUAAUCCCUCUUGUUCUCUUUCUAUGUGCUUUUGUUCUUUGGUUUUUUUCAAGUGUUACUACUAAUCUCUAGUGACGUACGUAAAGGAAUAAUAGACAUUUCAUAAUUUGUGAUCAUUUUGAUAAUGAUAAUAUAUGAUUUUAAUUA